GGUACAUAUUGAUUGUUUUUUUUUGGUGAUAGGUAUAUAUAUACCCAAAAAUUAAAUGGUAAUAUUAUUUUUUUGAUUUUACUCAAUUUUUAGUUUGCAUCAAAAAUGGGCGAUACUGAUGAUUUUUACGAGGGUGACGGUACAAUGGAGUCGCUUCCAACUUCACCUGAAGUCACCUACAACUGGGUUGACAUUACUGCCGACUUCUUCAAAUACAUACAAGAUCUUCAUCUAGGGGAAUUGCUACAUGAUGGUCAUCUCUUUGGUUUGUUCGAGGCAAUGUCAGCCAUUGAGAUGAUGGAUCCUAAAAUGGAUGCUGGAAUGUUGUGCAACAGAGGAAAUCCAAAGCCUUUAAAUUUUCAGCAAGCUGUUAUGUGUGGAAAAUUAAAGAUAGAAAAUUUAGAACCAAGUGAAAUAAUAGGAAUUAUCGAUGCAACUGUAGCUUGUAUUGUGUCUUGGUUGGAGGGACACUCACUCGCUCAGACAGUGUUCACAAAUGUGUAUCUACACCAGCCCCACUCAAUUAUAGAUAAACCUUUAAAAGCGUUUUGUAUCGCUGUGUACAAGCUACUGGACUGUAUCAGAGAUUGUAUAAAUAAAGCUCAAGUGUUUGAAGAAGAGGAUUUCUUACCAAUGGUCUAUGGCUAUCGAUUAGGUUCAAAUUUACAAUCUGGUAAUACAUAUGACGCUAGUCUAGAAGUUAGCGAACAGAAAUGUAUUUCUAUGCUACGAGAACAAGAAGAGGAGUUAAAUAAGAAAGCAAGAAGUCAAGAUGAUGAGGCUGAAUUAUGGGCUGCAUUAGCAGCUAGAAUCAGAUUUACUAGAAUGUUCUAUCAAGCACUACUAUUAAUAACUAAAAGAGACUCCCAAUCUGGUGCUGACUGUGUUGCUCUUUUAAAUGGAUGCUCAGAAAUGAUGAAGGUUAUUAUUAAAACAGCUGGUAAAGGAAGUCAACCACUUGAAAAUUCUGAUUCUCCAAAUCCAAUGGGAUUUGAACCAAUGAUAAACCAGCGUCUUUUACCGCCAACGUUUCCCCGAUACACGCGUAUCAAGCCAAGAGCCGAAGCAUUGCAAUACUUUGAUGAACUGGUUACAAGACUCCGACAUGCAUGGAAAAUAACUUCGUGCACGAAUUUUCACACUGCUUUAGAUUUUUUCAUGGAAUUCAGUCGUCAACGAGCCUGUAUUUUAUCUAGAUCAGCAUUACAAUUGCUAUAUUUAAGUCCAUCGCCUGCAACGACUGCAUCUAUGGUUCAGAACAAUAUUAAUACCCCACAAGGCCAGCGACCUCAACAUGCGUUUAUAGAAAUUCUAAGAGAAUCAAUCAAGUCAUUUGUCAAUCCUCCUGCGUUGAAUAUGAAACCAGGAGUUGGGCCUAAUCCUCCAGUCCGUGAGUUUGUAGAGAACUUUUUAGCUCGUUGCGUUCGACCGUUUGCGGUUCUAUUACAAGUCUGCGGACACAACCGCGCGCGACAGCGAGACAAACUUGCACUGCUGUUGGACGACUUUGCCACGCUACAGGAAGAGGCGGACAGCGUGGACGCGCUGGUGAGCGGCGCGGGCGGUCCGCCGCGCGCAUGCUUCGGCACGUGGCUGCUGUACCACGUGCUGCGGGUCAUGAUCGCCUACCUGCUGUCCGGGCUCGAGCUCGAGCUGUACAGCGUGCACGAGUACCACUACAUAUUCUGGUACCUGUACGAGUUCCUGUACGGCUGGCUGCUGUCGGCGCUGGGCCGCGCGGAGGGGCUGGCGGCCGAGCGCAAGGACGGCAAGAAGGCGGUGCGCAAGAAGAAGCGCAGCCGGCCGUACGCGCGGGAGGGGCUCAUGUGCCAAGUGAUGCAGAACAUGUGCGGGGGCUACUUCAAGGCUCUAGUCGCCUUUAAACUACAAGGCAAGAUUCGCCAGCCACAGUCGGAGUUCGACAACGAAGCAGUUCGCUAUAAACACAGAUUCGCUCCACUGUCGGUUUUGACUCCGCCACAAGUUCACUAUCACGAGUUCUGUGAACUGACACAGCCAUUGCAAUACGAAAAUCCUGUAAUAUUAUAUGUCGCCGGUUGUAAACACUUUCAGCAAGCGAGGACAUUCUUAGAAACAAUCACAAUACCAGACCAAGAGGUAACCGAUCUUCUGAAAGUAGCAAAAACUAAUUUUGUAGUCUUAAAAUUAUUAGCGGGCGGUCAUAAAAAGGACUCGACUACGCCGCCCGAAUUCGAUUUUUCUGUACAUAGACACUUUCCUAUAAUUAAAUUAGUGUAAUAAAUGC